AUGCUGCCGUGGGUGCUCGACGACCAUGACCUUGGCUUCUUGAAGAAGUACCCUCCGGAAAAGAGGGAAGACGCCCUGCAGUCGCUGCUAGUCUCUAACCGCAACUCGUUCAAGGUCCCCACCAUCUCGAUCUUCGUCGAAUACGGCAUCUUCAUAUCCCUCAUCCUGGCAUGCGGUCUCGUCCACUACCUCCCGCGCCUCUUUCCAACGGCGUGCAAGAAGCUGCAACCCAAGCUCGCGCCGAUCCGCACGCAUCUGCUGGAAGCGCCUCUGCUCGGCCGUCGCAACGCCGAGCCCAUCCCGCUCUUCGGUCUGCGGUGGCUCACCUUCCAGAUGCCGCUACGCCUCGAAGGCAUCGUCCUACUGGCCCUCUUCCUCAUCAACCUGCUUCCUAUCACCGCCUUCUACACCACCCUCGCCGCAGAGCACAACCCAAGAUACCCUGGACCGCACAGCCAUCGCCAGCAGAUGCAGAGGUACCUCGCCGACCGAACCGCCGUGCUCGCCAUCGGUCAGGUUCCGCUCCUUUUCCUCAUGGCCGGCCGCCGCAGCCCCACCACGCUCGUAUCGGGGCUCAGCAUGAACGCCAUCAUGCUCUACCACCGCUGGAUCGCAAGGAUGGUCUGGUGCCAGGCCUUUAUCCACGCCGUCGCCUGGACCGUCAUCCGUAUCGACCAGGGCAGGCUCGUCAAGAUGUACCAGACCCCCUACUGGAACUGGGGCGUCGCCGCCUUCAUGAUGUUUGGAGGCCUCAUUUUCCUGUCGCUGCGGUCGCUUCGUCAGAAGUGGUACGAGUGCUUUGUCUUCCUGCACAUCCUCAUGGCCCUGCUUGCGGUCGUCGGCAUAUACUUUCACAUCCACCUCUUGCAUUCCAGCUCGUUCCGCCUGUUUGUCAUCAUGACCGAGAUCACAGCAGCCAUCUGGGCAUUCGACCGCGCGAUCCGGUUCUUCAACCGACUCAUCACGUCGGUCCAGCUUCGACGAUCGGGCAGGCAGCUGGUCAAGGUGGCGAGCGCCGACGUCGAAUUCCUCGCCAACAACAAGGUGGCGCGGCUGCGCAUCUCGCUGCCCGCGUGGCGCGUCCAGGACGGCACGCAGAGCGACGUCCCCGGCCUCGUUCCCAAGCUCGCGGCGGGAUACUCGAUCAUGCUCAGCGUUCCGCGCCUGCAGAUCGUCGGCGACCAUCCGUUCUCGAUCGCAAAAGCUAGGGUCAUCCGCGAUCCCAAGUCCGAGGAGAGGGCCGCUUUCAUCGACGUCCUCGUCAACAUCCAGGGCGGCAUGACCAAGAAGCUGCUCAGCCUCGCGGGAAGCAAGGACAUCGAGGGAUUGGCCCUGUCCCGAUCGCUCUCGGUCAUCGUGGAUGGGCCUUACGACCACCAGCUUUCGCUGUGCGCGACCGACCACCUUCUGCUCUAUGCUGGCGGUAUCGGUGUCACCUACUGCCUGCCGUUCCUGGAGCAGCACGUCUACCGCGGCAAGUUCAAGACAUGCAAGCUCGUCUGGAUGCUGCGCGAUCUAGACCUGCUCGAGGUCCUCGAUGAGCCCCUCGGCGAGCUCGACGCCGCUGCCGACGCCACCAAGGCGAAGCUCUUCAUCGACGUCUACCACACCGCUUCGCGGGCAUCAGAGAAGGGCGCGCCCAUCGCCACACUCGAAGAAGUUCCAGCCGAGCUUCCCUCGUCGUUGUCCUCAUCGUCGGACCUGACACCGCAAGAGGAAAAGUCGAUCACUGGCGGCCUCGACGACGACGACGAUGAGCCCGCUGAAAAGGCCGAGGGCGGCGGCAGGACCGCCAACGAGGGCGUGCUCAAGAGGCGGUGGCGCAACAUCACCUUCAACGUCCACCACGGUCGACCGGACGGUAUCCGCCACCUGGACGAGAGCGUGGCAGCGAGCCGGGCCGACUCGCUCUCAGUCGUCUGCUGUGGACCCCGACCGCUGUGCGACUGGGCGAGGAACGAGACGCUGCAGUGGAGGCGGGAGCGGGAGUGGGCCGACAUUGACUUCCACGCCGAAUGCGUCCUGUGGUAA